ACGGGCAGCGGAACGUGGGGGGACCGCGCUCCAGCCGGCCGCGGGGCGGAGAGGCCGACAGAGGGGAUGUAGACACAUCAGCCCGGCUGGACCCAGGUGGGAAGGGUCGGAUACGUGCCUGGACCUUCCUAGCUGCCAGGAACAACGAUGGACUUCGUUCUCAGUGCUGCAGAUUACUACUUCUUCACACCCUAUGUCUACCCAGCCUCUUGGCCAGAGGAUGACAUCUUCCGGCAAACAAUUAGCCUUCUGAUCGUGACAAACCUCGGUGCUUACAUCCUGUAUUUCGUCUGUGCAACCCUGAGCUACUAUUUUGUCUUUGAUCAUGCGUUAAUGAAGCAUCCACAGUUUUUGAAGAAUCAAGUCUAUCGGGAGAUUAAAUUUACUGUCCAGUCAUUGCCAUGGAUAAGUAUUCCCACUGUUUCGUUGUUCCUGCUGGAGCUGAGAGGUUACAGCAAGUUGUAUGACGACGUAGGGGAGUUCCCAAGUGGCUGGUUUCAACUGAUUUUCAGUGUUAUAUCCUUCCUGUUUUUCACUGACAUGCUUAUCUAUUGGAUUCACAGAGGCCUUCAUCACAGACUGGUAUAUAAGCACAUCCAUAAGCCUCAUCAUAUCUGGAAGAUUCCCACUCCCUUCGCAAGUCAUGCCUUUCACCCUGUGGAUGGCUUCCUUCAGAGUCUACCUUACCAUAUAUACCCUUUUGUCUUUCCAUUGCACAAGGUGGUUUAUUUAGGCUUGUACGUUUUGGUUAACAUCUGGACGAUUUCCAUUCAUGAUGGUGAUUUCCGUGUCCCCAAAGUGUUAAAACCAUUUAUUAAUGGCUCCGCUCACCACACAGACCACCACAUGUACUUUGACUACAACUUUGGACAGUACUUCACUUUGUGGGAUAGAAUUGGAGGCUCAUUCAAAAACCCAUCCUCCUUUGAAGGGAAGGGGCCUCUUAACUAUGUGAGGAAGAUGACCGAAGACAAGCGCAAUGGCCAUGCAGAAAACGAGCCUAAGAGUGAAAAACUUUCCAAUGGAGAGUUCACAAAGACUGAGUAGGUUAUCGUCCAGUUAGUCUUAGAUGCUUUUAAUAAGGAAAAGUGAUCCACAUACAGCCAAGAGACAUAGCAAGUGAAUGGCAUCAUUUGAACAUGAGCAGUGGUCAUUGAUGAUACACUUGGAGAAGAUGCUGUGGGCCCCAGGAUUCUGAUAUCUCACUUAAUAUGCCCCAUGUUGGUCCCAGGCAUGACCCUCCUCUCCAGCCAGCAAAGCUGCCCUUUGUACAGCCUCCGCAACAAUUUCAGACUAGCUGAGGAUAAGCUGCUGAGGGAAUCAGCUGUGUUCUUCUGCCUUAAUUCUCCCAUAUUUGUUACAAAUGCUGAAUAAUACCAAGACUAAGCACCGUAACCAAGAAAUACUAAUGUCAAGAGAUUCCUCAUUUCAGAAAUGGUCAAUUCUUCAAUAUUGGUAUGGUAACAAUGAUUUGUUCAGCUGAAAACAUCUGUGUGAAAAGCAAGUUCUAAUGCAUUAUUGGCUUUGUAAAGGAACUAAGUAAAGUAGGUACAUAGUAAAAUUGUCAAUCCUCCCAUCUAUACGCUAAGUCUCUGGGGGUAUUAUCAAGUAUUCCAAUUUACUGAUGAAUAAGUAAACUGGAUUUUUUUUUUUUUUAGAUACUAGUACCACCACUAUUUAAUCCAGAUCUGAAAUUAUUAAGCUAAAGAUUUUGCUGGUUACUGUUUGCAAACAUUAUUUAAUAAGUGUAACAGAUGUGUGAAUCUGAGUGUUUUUAGGAAAGGAAAUUUGCUACCCAAGUAAUAUAUUUGGCACAACUGAUUUUUUUAAAAUUGAAUUGAUGCACUGCACUUUUGGUAUGUUUUGAAGUUGUAAACCUGUAAUUUUUUAUGAAAGGAAAUUAUUGCUAAGUAGAUAUCCCUAUGGCUGAAGAUUUCUUUUGAAAUCUUACUCCUCCCUCACUUUUCUCCACCUCCUCAACAAAAAAAGUUAACAAAUACUUUUAUAAAGAAGUAUGUGUUAUGCAACUGAUAGGGGACUACUAUCCUGGAUUUCCAAAGAGCUUCAGAAACUCAAUGACAGCAAAACGAACAACCUGUGAAGAAGUGGGCAGAGGAAAUGGACAUUUUUCAAAAGAACAAAUUCAGAAUGGCUAAUAGACAUCAGGUAUGAAAAAGUGUUCAAGCUGCUUAGCAUCAGGGAAAUACAAAUAAAAAGCACAUUUAGGUUCCACCUAACUCCAGCAAGAUUAGCCUACAUUCAGAACUGGAUUUAACAACACCUACUGGCACGGAUGUGGGCAGAAAGGUACCCUUAUUCACUGUUGGUGGGAGUGUAGGCUAGUAAAACUACUGUGGAAGUUAGUAUGGAGAGUGAUAAGAGAACUGAAACUUGAUCUGCCAAAUGACCUAGCUAUCUCACUCCUAUGAAUAUAUCCAGAGGAAAUUAAAUCUGCUUAUGAAGUGAUCUAUCACCCUAUAUUUACAACAAUACAAUCUGCAAUAGCGAAGACGUGGAAACAACCCAGAUGCCCAUCAGAAGAGGAGUGGAUAAAGAAACUGGUACAUCUACUUUAUGGAAUACUACCCAGCUAUUAAAAAGAAUGACAUUCUACCAUUUGCAACAAAAUGGUCCCAACUAUAGACCAUUAUGCUUAAUGAAAUAAGCCAGUCCCAAAAGGACAAAUAUAUGUUCUGUCUGAUACAGGCAACCUUCAUUCAAAAUACAAGGUCAAUAGUUAUAUAGGUAAACAUGUAUAUACAUAUAUUUAUCUAGAAUAUCUGUAUAAUGGAGACGAGUAUACCAUGAAUCGGAGAUAUGUUGCAAUAUACAUCUCUACUUCUGAACAAAAGAUGGACAUCCAAUGAAACUGUUACAUAUAUCUUGACAAUAGAUUACUGGACUGUAUACCAUUCUCUAUACCUACAAUACAAGGAUAUACUUAAAUAACAAUCCUGGAGUUGUGACUGUUGCUGAGGAACUAAACUAUUGUUACAAUAUAAGAGAAAACAGUGUGUAUGGGGGGAGGAUGGAAAGGAAAUGUCCUGAGCCUAAUGAACUAUAUUGUGAAAAAUAAAGAAUUAAAAAAAAAAGAAUUGUGUGUUUAACAUAAAUAUAUUGGGGAAACAUAGUUUAUAAAGGUGUUCUAUAAGAUAUUUAUAUGUAAAAAUCAAUAA